UGUAUGCGCAACCCUUAUCUUACGCUUUCAACACUCGUAUCAGCUUCAUUCGAAAGAGUCGCUUUCUGUGCUUUGGUCAGCUCGGUUGUGGAUUUUGUUUCUCGUAAGCAUGCUGGAACGUCUAGCUGGGAUUGCUUGGAUCAUUUUGCUUCUUUGUCACCGGGGCGGAUCCGAGUUAUUAGAACAAAAUUGUGGAACUGGAAAGGUGUACUCGUAUAGGAUUCACAACGGCGUUAAUGCAACUCAUUAUGACGCUGCCUGGUUGGUAGCCAUUACAAAUGCCACGCACUUCUUUUGUGGUGGCUCUCUGAUUCACAGACGCUUUGUUUUGACUGCUGCGCAUUGCUUAGUUCAUAAAGAUAAAUUAUUCGUGCACUUGGGAGCGCUCGACCUAACCAAGCCGGCGGAUACGAAAGCGGUUGCUACAAAAUAUAUACAUCAUUUAUAUAAGGGUUAUGAUGGGAAUGAUAUUGGGCUGCUUAAACUGACCAGCAGUGUCAACUACGAUGUCAAUAUUCAUCCAAUCUGCAUCGUUUUAGAUAAGCGUUUUAGGGGAUAUGUUGACUCAAUGAAAACGUUCAAGGCCUUUGGCUGGGGAUCAACAGAAAAAGUUUUGCAAAGCAGAUUUCUUCAAAAAAUCAGACUUAACCAUUUACCUCUAUACGACUGCGAUUUGGAAACCCAACCAAAUGGCAGUUCGAAGCAGCUUUGUGCCGGUUCCCUUGCCGGAGACACUUGUGAUGGUGAUUCUGGUGGCCCAUUGACAAACAGUGUCAACUUUACAGUCAUCGGGCAUCGUGAAGUACAAUUCGGUAUAGUAAGUUAUGGCAGGGUAAGCUGUGAUGGUCCAGCGGUUUAUACUGAUGUAACAAGUUAUGUGGAUUGGAUUCAGAAUACUAUUAAGGAGUAUGAUACUGUUGAUGUUGAUUCGUCAAUGAUCCCGCAUGUGCCCUUUAAGUCUGUAAAGGCUCAAGAUAAGUGGUUGUACACGGAUUGUGGUGGCGAUACCAUAGCAUCGUAUUUACAGGCUAAGAUUUAUGGAAUUAAUUUCUUGGGACAGGGUGUACUGAUAACAGACCGAUUUGUCAUUACAAAUGCCAGAGGCUUGCCAGCAAAUUAUAUUUCCUUAGAAGUGAGCGUAUUAGGGAUGCAAAAUGAAUAUGAAUCCUACAGAGUUCAGUCCGCCUUCAAGCACCCGCAGUACUCAAGCGUCUUCAAUGAUAUAGCCCUAAUAAAACUAGAUCGAUCGGUGACGGGUCCAGACGGAAUGAAACCAAUUUGCAUGCUGGCCAACGUAAUGGACCGGCAGAAUGCCGAAUCUAGUCCAUACGUCACUCUAUUACACUUUGUGGAAUCCAACGACAGCUUUAAAGUAUUUGAAUAUAGCGCUGCACUGGUUGAUCGCAACGAUUGUUCAUAUAGAGCCCAUGUACAUAUCGAAUCGAAUCAACUUUGUAUUGAAAGCCCUCGCGGAAUGAAUCAGAUUUAUGGAAAUCCAGGCGACAUUCUUGGCAGCAGGGUUAUGGAUUCGGGAAAGGAACGUCUCGCCGUGUUUGGCCUUGUUAGCUAUUCAUGGAAUGGUCUGAUCGUUCUUACAAACGUUAUGAGGCAUACGGAUUGGAUUGCGACUAUAGUGAAAAAUAAUUAGUAUUGGUCUUUACUCAUCUUUUAUUAAUGUAAUGUACUCCUUUUAUAUUCUAUAUACCCAUAUUCCAUAUUCAUAUAUCGUUUAAUAUGUCCUGCAUGCAUUGUGAACGAAAAUAUAUAUUUUUUAUUUAUUAUAAUUUAUAUAUUAUUAUUAUUUUAUAUUUAUUUAUAAUUAUUAUAGAUGUUAAUUAUAAAAAUCAUUGACGUUAAGUGUAAAAGCUAUCAUCACAGAUCGCCCUGAUUGUAUUAAUGUCCUAUUCUUGUAUGGUAUAAGGGUGUGUUAUAUUCGAUGAAAAGUAUGUAUUGUAAUAACGUGCAAAAAUGAGUACGUGUUUGCAACUAUUUAAUGCUGACUCGCAUGAUAAGAAAUUUAUAAGAAAAACCAGUAAGCUCAACAAUUUGUAUUCUGAGUACACACAUAUUUGUAAUACAUUGCGUUAGGAAAUGAAGACGAAAACAACUCGCAUGAGCAAUCAUGUUAUGUUUAUUUUGAAGAUCUUUAGAAAUUAAUAAUUAUUUCAUUUAUUUAAAUAUUUUCCUUUGGUAUAAUUCCUUAUUAUACAUAUUUUGAUCACAAUUAUAAUCGCUCAAUCGGCUUGUAUGCUUCCAAUUUACAUAAAUGAGCAAAGUAUUUAAAAACAAUAUACACCGAUGAGAUCGGCAACGGUGCGGAUUCUAAUACUGUUAUCAAGAGUGGCUGUGGAUAUUAAAAAUUAUUUAAUUGAAUUCACCAACAUAAACAAUCAUUUAUUUAAUAAGGACCAUAUAUCUUAAGUUUUAUGUUUUAUGUUAUGUUUUUUAAACUCGUUAAUGAUCUAAUGGAAAUUUGUCAAAACUACCAAUCCCAAACCUGCUGUAAUUAAUGGCUCCAAAAAUAUAAUGAAGCGGAACAAAAAAUGAUUUGUAAGGUUUAUUUAGUUAUUAGUUAUGGUCUAUAACAUCAGGCAAUUACUUAUUUAUAAUUGUCACACUGCCAAAGUCAUAAAAAUCAUGAAAGCUCAGUGCUCACUUCGCAAUGAUCGCGUUCAAACUAUCAACAGUGAUCGUCCUGAUUCUGUUUUUAUAUGAAGUAAGCUGAAUCGGAUUUUAAACCACGAAAUAAAAAACGAUCUGAUUAUAAAACAUUUUGUUUAGGUCGAAUGUAAAUUCGAGUUUACUAACAUAAUAUGUACCUCAUUGGACAAGGAAUUUAUGGAUUUCGAUGCAUGCUUCCUGAAAUCAAAAAAUCGGACCUAUAAGUUUAUGACUUUGAGGACAAAAAUUUUCCAGUUACCAUUUAACGACUUAGUGGUAAGGAUUGAGUUGCUAAAGAGGAUGAAUGGUUAUAAACCGUUUCUCUACAACCUGACGACUGAUUUGUGCGAAUAUUUCAAGGGAAGGCGACAUCCAGUGGUUCGAUUCUUCUACGAACUUUUUGCCCAAUAUUCCAACCUGAACCACACUUGUCCAUACAAUCACGAUAUAUAUGUGAAGGAGCUGCCUAUCAACUUUUUGGAUCCUCAGGUGACAGUUGCUCUCCCGUUUCCGGAAGGGGAUUACUGCGUGCAUACAGUUUACACAAUACGUGGUCGACCGCGUAUGAAGCUUAAAGUUUGUGCUACAAUUUACUAAAACUAUAUCGUUUAACAAUGAAAGUAAACUGCUAUUUAGAGAGGUUUAACUUCCAGUUAUUCAAGUUGUUUUCGUUUUUCUCUCUCACCCAUUACAACUAGUUAAAGUUGAAGGGUUUGCCCUUUUAGUUAACAUAAAACUUUUCGUGAUGUACUUACCAUUUCUUCCAGACUUUCUUAUUGGUUACAAAACUUCUAC